AUUCACUAUCCUCACUUAUCACACAACUCUCAUUCACUACCAUACCUACCAUCUCACUUCUCCAACAACUACUCAUGUUCCAACAGCUACAAUAUCACCUCUCACCUUCAUUGUCUGCCAUAACCUAGACAGAUAAAAUCCUCUUCUGAUCAACCUACCUGCUUCCAUCUGACCUACUUCCAUCUGAUCUACCUCCGUCUGACCUACUUUCAUCCAACCUACGUCCUACCUACUUACCUACUAUCCAUCAGACGGCCUCCUACACACUUCCGACAGUACUGUCAGUCGUGAGACCACUCUCAGCACCAUGACGGACGACGUGGAAAUCCCCCCCACCGGCAACCGCCGUCGCUCCCUAACCACUACCAGCACAGACAGCAGCGACAGCAGCUGCACCCUGGAUAGCGUCACCGUCGACAACGACCCCGACAGAUUCUACUGCAUCGAUUUGACCGGCGCAGUCGACCAGUGGGACGAGACCACCGCCCGCCCCGCCGACAUCAUCGACCUCACCAACGACGCGGAGAUCAACGACGGCGACUAUCUAACCGACGGUAGCUUUCAGAGACUGCUCGAACGCUGGACACUAGAAGUAGAGCCCGAGAUCCCAGCCCCGCCCCAGAGACACGCCACGCACGAACUCUGCCACGAUGGCAUCAUCUAUCGGGAGGGGCAGUCUGUUGAGCUGCAGGAUGGGACUUUUCUUCGCAUCACGACGACCCUAGAGGAGGACGCUUCAGGGGCGAAGUACCUCCUCGGUCGCCGACUGAUCCGCACUACCGCCCACAAGGGCACGUACAUCCCGAAGCGGCAGGAUGAGUUGAUCUGGAUCGCAAAUGAGACGGCCGACGUCGCGCUGGACGAUGUCAAGCGGUUCGUACGCAUCCACUUCACCAACAAUUGCUACUUGGACCAGGACUGGGGACAAAUCCCCGGGGCGCUGCUUUGCCGUCUCAAGGAGAUCCCCGAGGCUGAUAACGACGUGUCGGUGGAGUACCUGUCCUUCGACGAGGCGGACGAGGGAUACCGCAUCGAGCCGGCAGCACUGCGACAGGCGUGGCGGGGCCACACCGAACCGUUUGGGAGCGCCCUCGCUCCCGCCCCCGCCCCGGCCCCUGCGGCCCCUGCACCACGCAACCCCGUGAUCAUACUCGACCCCCCGCCCGUCGUGAUCGACCUCGACGCGGAGGAUCUCAAGCCCGAGGCCCAGGAGAACCGACAGUAUACCUUCGGGGACGGGUUCUGCGGCGGGGGAGGCGUCUCGUGCGGGGCCCGCCAGGCCGGUCUGCAGGUGAAGUGGGCGUUCGACAAAUGGCUGCCGGCGAUCACGACAUACGGGUUGAACUUCGAAACUGCCGAGUGUGAGCAGAGUGACGUCUUCAGCUUCUUGACCAACGGGUAUGAGUUUCUGAAGGUGGACGUUAGCCACGGCUCCCCGCCCUGCCAGACGUUUUCUGCUGCCCAUACGAUCGCCUGCGAGACCGACGACGCCAACUCGGCUUGUAUAUUUUCGUGCGCGGACUUGAUCCGUCGGUGUCGUCCACGGGUGCAUACCAUGGAGGAGACCAGCGGGUUGUUCGAGCGGCACCGCGACACGUUCUACCGCAUCAUCCAGGAUUUCGUGGAGGUGGGAUAUUCGGUCCACUGGAAGGUGUUGAACUGUAUGGACUACGGGGUGCCGCAGUCUCGACGCCGACUGAUCAUUCUCGCUUCAGGACCCGGAGAGACCCUCCCCCAGAUCCCCGGCCCCACACACGGACUCCCCGGCAGCGGCCUCCACCCGUACACCACCAUCAACCAGGUCAUCGAGGGAAUUCCCCGGGGGGCAUCUGACCACGACGUAAUCAAAGCGGAAGAGCGAAUGAUGCGUUGGGGUCCGCGUGCGCAGUACGACGCCAACCAGCAGGCGCGGACGAUCACGACGGGAGGCGGGGACAACAACUACCAUCCGUCUGGACGGCGCGGGUUCACCAACCGCGAGUUUGCGUGUCUCCAGACGUUCCCACUAGAGUAUCGAUUCGGUAGACACGAAGUGCGCAAACAGAUCGGCAAUGCGGUGCCGCCGAUGUUGGCGAAAGCGUUGUUUGGGGCUGUGGUGGAAUCUUUGAAGCGGACGGACGAGAGGGAGUCUUCUUGGGGGUGUUUGUUUUCUGCGUCUUGAUGGUGUUAUCGGUUUCCCUUGGUUGCUGCCUCUGCGGUUACUCUGACUGCCUAUCCUCCGUUACUGUGACGACUCAUCCGUUGACACUGGCGCGAGAUGAUCGACAGGUCGUUGGGGAUCACGUGGGAACGGAACACAUGGGCCCAAACGAGCCGCGGGAUUGCGGCGGGAGCGGAUAGACAUCAU